GGGGAGACUAUUUGGAGGGUAGGGGUCUCCAUCCUCAUUCCCGGAAGAGAAGCGGACUUGGAGAAGAGGAGAAAGAGAGCUGCUCCCUGCAUUGAGGUGCAUCUUGUCAACAGCUGAGAGAGUCCCAGAAGUGGCCCAGUUUACGCCUCCUCUUCCUCUGAAUCGGCUAUAGGCAGAACAAUGGCCUCUCAUACACAUUCUGAACAGUCUCUUCUUAUCACUGGAGUGGAAAGAAGAGCCAGUAAGCUUCCUCAGAAAACAAAUAGGAUUUUCUCCCCAUUCCCCUGGUCGAAAGAAGACAAUGGAGAAGACAGUCAAAAGUCUGGUGGGCCAUGUUCAAUAGGAAUAACGAAGAAACCAUUUAAAUACAUGGAGUGUGAAAAGGGAGAGGAUAAACAAUUUGAAAGCAUGGAGUGUGGAAAGAGCUUCACUGACAGAGGAACACUUAGAAAUCACCAACAAACUCUCACAGGAGAGAAACCAUUUAAAUGUAUUGAGUGUGGAAAGAGCUACAGUCAGAAUGGACACCUUAGAAUUCAUCAACGGACUCACACGGGGGAGAAACCAUUUAAAUGCAUGGAGUGUGGAAAGAGCUUCACUGAGAGUAGAACACUUAGAAUUCAUCAACGGACUCACACGGGGGAGAAACCAUUUAAAUGCAUGGAGUGUGGAAAGAGCUAUAGUCAGAAAGGAAACCUUAGAAUUCAUCAACGGACUCACACAGGGGAGAAACCAUUUAAAUGCAUGGAGUGUGGAAAGAGCUUCAAUGAGAGUGGAACACUUAGAACUCAUCAAAGGACUCACACGGGGGAGAAACCAUUUAAAUGCAUGGAGUGUGGAACAAGCUUCACUAAGAGUGGAACACUUAGAAUUCAUCAACGGACUCACACGGGGGAGAAACCAUUUAAAUGCAUGGAGUGUGGAAAGAGCUUCACUGAGAGUGGAACACUUAGAAUUCAUCAACGGACUCACACGGGGGAGAAACCAUUUAAAUGCAUGGAGUGUGGAAAGAGCUUCAUUCACAGUGGAAAGCUUAGAAUUCAUCAACGGACUCACACGGGGGAGAAACCAUUUAAAUGCAUGGAGUGUGGAAAGAGCUAUAGUCAGAAAGGAAACCUUAGAAUUCAUCAACAGACUCACACGGGGGAGAAACCAUUUAAAUGCAUGGAGUGUGGAACAAGCUUCACUAAGAGUGGAACAUUAAGAAAACAUCAACGGACUCACACGCGGGAGAAACCAUUUAAAUGCAUGGAGUGUGGAAAGAGCUAUAGUCAGAAAGGAAACCUUAGAAUUCAUCAACAGACUCACAUGGGGGAGAAAACAUUUAAAUGCAUGGAGUGUGGAACAAGCUUCAUUCACAGUGGAACAUUAACGAAACAUCAACGGACUCACACGCGGGAGAAACCAUUUAAAUGCAUGGAGUGUGGAAAGAGCUACAGUCAGAAAGGAAACCUUAGAAUUCAUCAACGGACUCACACGGGGGAGAAACCAUUUAAAUGCAUGGAGUGUGGAAAGAGCUUCACUAAGAGUGGAACACUUAGAAUUCAUCAACGGACUCACACGGGGGAGAAACCAUUUAAAUGCAUGGAGUGUGGAAAAAGCUUCACUAAGAGUGGAACACUUAGAAUUCAUCAACGGACUCACACGGGGGAGAAACCAUUUAAAUGCAUGGAGUGUGGAAAGAGCUACAGUCAGAAAGGAAACCUUAGAAUUCAUCAACGGACUCACACGGGGGAGAAACCAUUUAAAUGCAUGGAGUGUGGAAAGAGCUUCAGUCAGAAUGGACACCUUAGAAUUCAUCAACGGACUCACACGGGGGAGAAACCUUUUAAAUGCAUGGAGUGUGGAAAUAGCUUCACUGAGAGUGGAAGACUUAGAAUUCAUCAACGGACUCACACGGGGGAAAAACCAUUUAAAUGCAUGGAGUGUGGAAAGAGCUUCACUAAGAAUGGAACACUUAGGAUUCAUCAACGGACUCACACGGGGGAGAAACCAUUUAAAUGUAUGGAGUGUGGAAAGAGCUUCCCUAAGAGUGGAACACUUAGAAUUCAUCAACGGACUCACACGGGGGAGAAACCAUUUAAAUGCAUGGAGUGUCGAAAGAGCUUCAUUCACAGUGGAGCAUUAAGAAAACAUCAACGGACUCACACAAGGGAGAAAGCAUUUCAAUGCAUGGAGUGUGGAAAGAGCUUCAGUCGGAGUGGAUGUCUUACAAAACAUCAACAAACUCAUACAGGGGAGAAACCAUAUAAAAGUGGCCCAGUUUACGCCUCCUCUUCCUCUGAAUCGGCUAUAGGCAGAACAAUGGCCUCUCAUACACAUUCUGAACAGUCUCUUCUUAUCACUGGAGUGGAAAGAAGAGCCAGUAAGCUUCCUCAGAAAACAAAUAGGAUUUUCUCCCCAUUCCCCUGGUCGAAAGAAGACAAUGGAGAAGACAGUCAAAAGUCUGGUGGGCCAUGUUCAAUAGGAAUAACGAAGAAACCAUUUAAAUACAUGGAGUGUGAAAAGGGAGAGGAUAAACAAUUUGAAAGCAUGGAGUGUGGAAAGAGCUUCACUGACAGAGGAACACUUAGAAAACACCAACAAACUCUCACAGGAGAGAAACCAUUUAAAUGUAUUGAGUGUGGAAAGAGCUACAGUCAGAAUGGACACCUUAGAAUUCAUCAACGGACUCACACGGGGGAGAAACCAUUUAAAUGCAUGGAGUGUGGAAAGAGCUUCACUGAGAGUAGAACACUUAGAAUUCAUCAACGGACUCACACGGGGGAGAAACCAUUUAAAUGCAUGGAGUGUGGAAAGAGCUAUAGUCAGAAAGGAAACCUUAGAAUUCAUCAACGGACUCACACAGGGGAGAAACCAUUUAAAUGCAUGGAGUGUGGAAAGAGCUUCAAUGAGAGUGGAACACUUAGAACUCAUCAAAGGACUCACACGGGGGAGAAACCAUUUAAAUGCAUGGAGUGUGGAACAAGCUUCACUAAGAGUGGAACACUUAGAAUUCAUCAACGGACUCACACGGGGGAGAAACCAUUUAAAUGCAUGGAGUGUGGAAAGAGCUUCACUGAGAGUGGAACACUUAGAAUUCAUCAACGGACUCACACGGGGGAGAAACCAUUUAAAUGCAUGGAGUGUGGAAAGAGCUUCAUUCACAGUGGAAAGCUUAGAAUUCAUCAACGGACUCACACGGGGGAGAAACCAUUUAAAUGCAUGGAGUGUGGAAAGAGCUAUGGUCAGAAAGGAAACCUUAGAAUUCAUCAACAGACUCACACGGGGGAGAAACCAUUUAAAUGCAUGGAGUGUGGAACAAGCUUCACUAAGAGUGGAACAUUAAGAAAACAUCAACAGACUCACACGCGGGAGAAACCAUUUAAAUGCAUGGAGUGUGGAAAGAGCUAUAGUCAGAAAGGAAACCUUAGAAUUCAUCAACAGACUCACAUGGGGGGGAAAACAUUUAAAUGCAUGGAGUGUGGAACAAGCUUCAUUCACAGUGGAACAUUAACGAAACAUCAACGGACUCACACGGGGGAGAAACCAUUUAAAUGCAUGGAGUGUGGAAAGAGCUACAGUCAGAAAGGAAACCUUAGAAUUCAUCAACGGACUCACACGGGGGAGAAACCAUUUAAAUGCAUGGAGUGUGGAAAGAGCUUCACUAAGAGUGGAACACUUAGAAUUCAUCAACGGACUCACACGGGGGAGAAACCAUUUAAAUGCAUGGAGUGUGGAAAAAGCUUCACUAAGAGUGGAACACUUAGAAUUCAUCAACGGACUCACACGGGGGAGAAACCAUUUAAAUGCAUGGAGUGUGGAAAGAGCUACAGUCAGAAAGGAAACCUUAGAAUUCAUCAACGGACUCACACGGGGGAGAAACCUUUUAAAUGCAUGGAGUGUGGAAAUAGCUUCACUGAGAGUGGAAGACUUAGAAUUCAUCAACGGACUCACACGGGGGAGAAACCAUUUAAAUGCAUGGAGUGUGGAAAGAGCUUCACUAAGAGUGGAACACUUAGGAUUCAUCAACGGACUCACACGGGGGAGAAACCAUUUAAAUGUAUGGACAUGGAGUGUGGAAAGAGCUUCACUGACAGAGGAACACUUAGAAAACAUCAACAAACUCACACAGGAGAGAAACCAUUUAAAUGUAUUGAGUGUGGAAAGAGCUUCAGUCACCGUGGAAGGCUUAGAAUUCAUCAACGGACUCACACAGGGGAGAAACCAUUUAAAUGCAUGGAGUGUGGAAAGAGCUUCAGUCAGAAUGGACACCUUAGAAUUCAUCAACGGACUCACACGGGGGAGAAACCAUUUAAAUGCAUGGAGUGUGGAAAGAGCUUCAUUCACAGUGGAAGGCUUAGAAAACAUCAACAAACUCACACAGGAGAGAAACCAUUUAAAUGUACUGAGUGUGGAAAGAGCUUCACUGAGAGAGGAAAACUUGCAAUUCAUCAACGGACUCACACGGGGGAGAAACCAUUUAAAUGCAUGGAGUGUGGAAAGAGCUUCACUGAGAGUGGAACACUUAGAAUUCAUCAACGGACUCACACGGGGGAGAAACCAUUUAAAUGCAUGGAUUGUGGAAAGAGCUUCAUUCACAGUGGAAAACUUAGAAUUCAUCAAUGGACUCACACGGGGGAGAAACCAUUUAAAUGUACUGAGUGUGGAAAGAGCUUCACUGAGAGAGGAAAACUUGUAAUUCAUCAACGGACUCACACGGGGGAGAAACCAUUUAAAUGCAUGGAGUGUGGAAAGAGCUUCAUUCACAGUGGAACACUUAGAAAACAUCAACAAACUCACACAGGAGAGAAACCAUUUAAAUGUACUGAGUGUGGAAAGAGCUUCACUGAGAGAGGAAAACUUGCAAUUCAUCAACGGACUCACACGGGGGAGAAACCAUUUAAAUGCAUGGAGUGUGGAAAGAGCUUCACUGAGAGUGGAACACUUAGAAUUCAUCAAUGGACUCACAUGGGGGAGAAACCAUUUAAAUGCAUGGAGUGUGGAAAGAGCUUCAUUCACAGUGGAACAUUAAGAAAACAUCAACGGACUCACAGGCGGGAGAAACCAUUUAAAUGCAUGGAGUGUGGAAAGAGCUACAGUCAGAGUGGAUACCUUAGAAUUCAUCAACGGACUCACACGGGGGAGAAACCAUUUAAAUGCAUGGAGUGUGGAAAUAGCUUCACUGAGAGUGGAACACUUAGAAUUCAUCAACGGACUCACACCGGGGAGAAACCAUUUAAAUGCAUGGAGUGUGGAAAGAGCUACAGUCAGAAAGGAAACCUUAGAAUUCAUCAACGGACUCACACGGGGGAGAAACCAUUUAAAUGCAUGGAGUGUGGAAAGAGCUUCAUUCACAGUGGAACACUUAGAAAACAUCAACAAACUCACACAGGAGAGAAACCAUUUAAAAGUACUGAGUGUGGAAAGAGCUUCACUGAGAGAGGAAAACUUGCAAUUCAUCAACAGACUCACACGGGGGAGAAACCAUUUAAAUGCAUGGAGUGUGGAAAGAGCUUCAUUCACAGUGGAACACUUAGAAAACAUCAACAAACUCACACAGGAGAGAAACCAUUUAAAUGUACUGAGUGUGGAAAGAGCUUCACUGAGAGAGGAAAACUUGCAAUUCAUCAACGGACUCACACGGGGGAGAAACCAUUUAAAUGCAUGGAGUGUGGAAAGAGCUUCACUGAGAGUGGAACAUUUAGAAUUCAUCAACGGACUCACACGGGGGAGAAACCAUUUAAAUGCAUGGAGUGUGGAAAGAGCUUUAGUCACAGUGGAAAACUUAGAAUUCAUCAACGGACUCACACGGGGGAGAAACCAUUUAAAUGUACUGAGUGUGGAAAGAGCUUCACUGAGAGAGGAAAACUUGCAAUUCAUCAACGGACUCACACGGGGGAGAAACCAUUUAAAUGCAUGGAGUGUGGAAAGAGCUUCAUUCACAGUGGAACACUUAGAAAACAUCAACAAACUCACACAGGAGAGAAACCAUUUAAAUGUACUGAGUGUGGAAAGAGCUUCACUGAGAGAGGAAAACUUGCAAUUCAUCAACGGACUCACACGGGGGAGAAACCAUUUGAAUGCAUGGAGUGUGGAAAGAGCUUCACUGAGAGUGGAACACUUAGAAUUCAUCAAUGGACUCACAUGGGGGAGAAACCAUUUAAAUGCAUGGAGUGUGGAAAGAGCUUCACUGCGAGUGGAACACUUAGAAUUCAUCAACGGACUCACAGGGGGGAGAAACCAUUUAAAUGCAUGGAGUGUGGAAAGAGCUUCACUGCGAGUGGAACACUUAGAAUUCAUCAACGGACUCACAGGGGGGAGAAACCAUUUAAAUGCAUGGAGUGUGGAAAGAGCUUCACUGAGAGUGGAACACUUAGAAUUCAUCAACGGACUCACACAGGGGAGAAACCAUUUAAAUGCAUGGAGUGUGGAAAGAGCUACAGUCGGAAUGGACACCUUAGAAUUCAUCAACGGACUCACACAGGGGAGAAACCAUUUAAAUGCAUGGAGUGUGGAAAGAGCUACAGUCAGAAAGGAAACCUUAGAAUUCAUCAACGGACUCACACAGGGGAGAAACCAUUUAAAUGCAUGGAGUGUGGAAAGAGCUACAGUCAGAAUGGACACCUUAGAAUUCAUCAACGGACUCACAGAGGGGAGAAACCAUUUAAAUGCAUGGAGUGUGGAAAGUGCUUUUGUCGGAGUGGAGACCUUAGAAUUCAUCAACGGACUCACACAGGGGAGAAACCAUUUAAAUGCAUGGAAUGUGGAAAGCACUUCACUUAUAGUGGAACACUUAGAAUUCAUCAACGGACUCACACGGGGGAGAAACCAUUUAAAUGCAUGGAGUGUGGAAAGUGCUUUUAAAGGAUUACAUCCUUCCAAAUUCAUCAACGGACUCACACAGGGGAGAAACCAUUUAAAUGCAUAGAGUGUGGAAAGAGCUUCAGUCAGAAUGGACACCUUAGAAUUCAUCAACGGACUCACACGGGGGAAAAACUAUUUAAAUGCAUGGAGUGUGGAAAGAGCUUCAGUCGGAGUGGAACACUGAGAAAACAUCAACAAACUCACACAGGAGAGAAACCAUUUAAAUGUACUGAGUGUGGAAAGAGCUUCACUGAGAGAGGACAACUUGCAAUUCAUCAACGGACUCACACGGGGGAGAAACCAUUUAAAUGCAUGGAGUGUGGAAAGAGCUUCACUGAGAGUGGAACACUUAGAAUUCAUCAACGGACUCACACGGGGGAGAAACCAUUUAAAUGCAUGGAGUGUGGAAAUAGCUUCACUGAAAGUGGAACACUUAGAAUUCAUCAACGGACUCACACCGGGGAGAAACCAUUUAAAUGCAUGGAGUGUGGAAAGAGCUACAGUCAGAAAGGAAACCUUAGAAUUCAUCAACGGACUCACACGGGGGAGAAACCAUUUAAAUGCAUGGAGUGUGGAAAGAGCUUCAUUCACAGUGGAACACUUAGAAAACAUCAACAAACUCACACAGGAGAGAAACCAUUUAAAUGUACUGAGUGUGGAAAGAGCUUCACUGAGAGAGGAAAACUUAGAAAACAUCAACGGACUCACACAGGAGAGAAACCAUUUAAAUGUAUUGAGUGUGGGAAGAGCUUCAGUCACAGUGGAAGGCUUAGAAUUCAUCAACGGACUCACACAGGGGAGAAACCAUUUAAAUGCAUGGAGUGUGGAAAGAGCUUCAGUCAGAAUGGACACCUUAGAAUUCAUCAACGGACUCACACGGGGGAGAAACCAUUUAAAUGCAUGGAGUGUGGAAAGAGCUUCACUGAGAGUGGAACAUUUAGAAUUCAUCAACGGACUCACACGGGGGAGAAACCAUUUAAAUGCAUGGAGUGUGGAAAGAGCUUUAGUCACAGUGGAAAACUUAGAAUUCAUCAACGGACUCACACGGGGGAGAAACCAUUUAAAUGUACUGAGUGUGGAAAGAGCUUCACUGAGAGAGGAAAACUUGCAAUUCAUCAACGGACUCACACGGGGGAGAAACCAUUUAAAUGCAUGGAGUGUGGAAAGAGCUUCAUUCACAGUGGAACACUUAGAAAACAUCAACAAACUCACACAGGAGAGAAACCAUUUCCCAGGGAUUAUGAUUGGUAUCCAGACCCUAACACUAUAAAUCCAAGGUGCCCACACUCAGCAGGGGGUCGAGGAUUAUUGUGCCGAGUAUUAAGAACUUCAUGA